CCCAUAUAUAUUUUAUACGUAACUUUCUCGUACCGUAUUUUACUAACUAUGCUCCGAUAUGUCAUAAUAUUACACCCCACACAUUUAUAAUUACCGGAAUAGUUGCGAUUUUAAAACGGUACUUAUGAAUGUAUUAUACAGAAAAACGUUCCCACCCAAACUCAUCCUUACCAAAGCCAAUACUUCAUGAUAGUUCGAGUGUCCCUAUCCUCUACUAAUUCCAAUACUUCAUCAUAGUUAGAGUGUCCCUAUCGUAUUAUUCUUAGGUUUCAUUAAUAAUUAUUGAAUCCUUUCAAAGGAAUAAAUAAAAAUAAUAAAUAAAUGUAUUCUCUUCUAAUUUUGUCGAGUAUCAGUUGAUCCAAUAAAUCGAAUUGUUGGUAUAGAUUCCAUAAUUAAUCUUAUAUCGCUUACUAAUUAACAAGGCUCCUCAAACAAAAUAUACUCACAAGAGUUUGAAGUUUGUAGAGAUCUGAAUAACCUGUUUUUAACAAAUAGGGGUUUACCGGAGAUUCGAACACAAGACCUCCCUGACCACAAAAUGCUCUGAUACCAUGCCAUAAACUAAUUGGUCCCAAUAACUCAAGUUGGUGUGCGAGGGUUCGUAUAUGUAUCUUAACCACUUUCAUACACUCUCUGUCAAACGAAAGUCAAUUCCUAAGCUUGAAAUUUGCACGGGCCUGCUAUACCAUGUGAUUUUAAGACAACAAUUUCUAUUGGGGUCUUGAGGACUUGAACACGUGACCUCAAGGACAAACCAGCUCUGAUACUAUGUCGUACAGCAACUGGUUCCAGUAACUUGAGUUGCUGGGACAAGUUCAAUUAUGGAUCAUAUACUACUUACUAACACACUCCCUCAAACGAAAGCCAACUCAGAAGGGUUUGAAUUUUGCUCAAAUUCGGAUACCAUGAUCCCAAUAACUCGAGUUGUUGAGAGAGAUUCAAUAAUGGGUCUUGUACCACUCACUAACACAUCCCCUCAAUACGAGAAUAUCAUGUGCUUCACAAAAAAGGUUACCUAUCGUGAUUCGAACGCAAGAUCUCCCGGCUACAGAAGGCUUCAACAAACAAGGGUAUAUCGGAGAUUCGAACACAAUACCUCACAAUCACAAAAAGCUCUAAUACCACGUCGAGAACUAAUUGAUUUCCAAUAGAGAUAUUAAAUAAUAAAUCUUAUAACACUUACUAAUACCCACCAACGAAUCAUUCCUCCCAAAUUUCUUCUGCAUAUACAAUAUCUCAACUAUAUCGGAACACAAUAACGUCAACCAAACGCUGACCAAAUUAAUCUGCCGGCCGGCAGCCAUAAGGCCAGCCAAAAUCUACGUUGCUAUAAAUAGAUGAUCGAUUACUCCCCCAUUCGUCGCACAAUUCUCCCUCUCUCAAAGUCAACCUCCUCCCCCCAACACCAAAAGUCAAAACAACCUCAACAAUGCCCAAACCUCCCGCCGUUGACUUCGACGACUGCGUGGGACUCAUCAGAGUCUACAAAGACGGCUCCGUCUGGCGCGCCAAUCUAGACAACCUCCCGACCGCCACCGACGACGACGAAGACGGCUCCGUUCAGUGGAAAGAUUACGUUUUUAACCCUAAGAACAACCUCUCCCUCCGCCUCUACAAGCCCUCCGCCGCCGCCGCCAAACUCCCCGUCGUCUACAACAUCCACGGCGGCGGCUUCUGCAUCGGCUCCAGGACCGAGCCGUACCACCACAGCUGCUGCCUCCGGCUCGCCGCCGUGCUCCGGGCGGUGGUGGUGUCGCCGGACUACCGCCUGGCGCCGGAGAACCGGCUCCCCGCCGCGAUCGAGGACUGCCACUCGGCUCUGGAGUGGCUCCAGCAUCGAGCCGUGGCUGGAGACGACACGUGGCUGAGUGACGUGGCGGACUUCGGGAAGGUGUUUGUUUGCGGGGAAUCGGCGGGAGGCAACGUCGCUCACAACUUGGCGGUGAGGGUCGGAUUCGGGUCGCCGGUGUUGGGUCCGGUUAAGAUUAGGGGCUACGUGUUGUUGUCGCCGUCUUUUGGAGGUACGGUGAGGACCCAAUCGGAAGUUCGGGCUCCCAAAGUUCAGAUGCUGACCCUUGACAUGGUUGACUGGUUUUGGAAAUACUCGAUCCCAGUUGGAGACACGUGCGAUCAUCCGUUGGCGAACCCAUUUGGAGCCGGGACCGAACUGGUUGGACCGGUGGAGCUGGACCCAAUCCUCGUGGUUUCGGGUGGAAGCGACAUUCUGGUCGAUCGCAUCAGAGACUACGCCGAGAAGCUGAAAGAGCUGGGAAAGAGAGUUGAGUAUGCAGAGUUUGAAGGAGAGGUGCAUGCAUUUUUCACCUACGAUCCAGAGUCGAAAGCGUCGAGGUCGGUGAUGGAUCUGAUUAGGAAAUUCGUCACCGAGAAUUCGAGUUGAUUGAUGAUCUAAUUGUUUUUUAUCCAAAGAAAUUGGUGGUUGCGUUUGGGUUUCAUGCAAAAUUCCUUUCACUUCUGGCGAUCAUUGUGUUUAAUUUGGUCCCCUUUCUGUAUCAGUUCUAUGCAUUAUUCAUUUUGUUAUUCAUCCGCCAUUAAAGAAAAUGUAACUGUGGGCUUUGGUGAUUCUGUCAUGAAACUCUUUUUUUGUUGGCUCCAAUAAUUUGAAUUAUUGGGAAAGGUUUAAUAUGAACCAUAAUACACUUACUACUACCAGUCUAACACACCUUCUCAAAUGACAAGCACUAUAUGGACUCGGAGUUUACAUAGAUUCAAUAACCAUAUGCUUAAAAGAGCAUAUAAGAUCAUCAUAUUUCAAACAGAAGAUCAAUCACAAAAGGAUCAUACACCAAGUAAUCGAUACAUAAAAAUAGUGAAAAUAAAAACUGAAUUAAAAUCGAGACGAAAUUUACACGAUUUCCUCAUUCCGAAUGAAAAAGACAAGAUUAGUCUAUGGUCAAACGGCUAUGGAAUGGCUUCGAGAUCAAGCCUUGGAUGGAGAGGGAACGUGGUUGAGUGAGGUGGUGGAUUUUGGUGAGGUGUUCGUUUCAGGGGAUCGGGGGAGGUACCAUUAGGGCUGAGAAAAUAGAUCAGAUCGUUUGAAAAAUCAUGGACCAAAUCAGAUCGUACAGUUUGGUUCGGACCGUAGAUUAUUAAGAAUGGUCUGGUCUGGUCCAUGAUUUGUAUUAUAUGAUAUUUUGAUCUCAUGGGCUGGUCUGGUCUAGACCGUGGUUUACCGAACCAAACCGUGGACCCAAUUGACUUCCCAAUACUUGUUAGUAGCCCGCUCGGCCACUCUCCCGAUUCCUCCCAACAAUACCCAAGUCUCAACCCUAAUUUUGAGAAACAUGCCCCCUUUCUUUCAUAACCACUUUCAACAGAGUAGAGACGAUCAUGUAUUCAUAUGACAUUAUGUUAAUGUUUAUGACGUUAUGGUGCAAGUUGGUAUGCUUUGACUUUGUAUUUUUGUUGUUUAUAGAGAUUUAAGGCGUCAAAAUUCUCAUGCAUGUUGGAGUUUAUGUUUUAACUUUUAAAACAAAAAAAACAAUUAUUUCUCUAUUAUUGAUUCAAUUUUUUGUGUGGUUGACUAAACCAAUGUUAAUUUUUCGUUCAUUGUGGUCUAUCUGGACCAAACCGUAUCGAACUAGACUGCACAGACGUGGUUUGAUCUGGACCAUAUAGUUCAUGGUCUGGUCUCUAAUUUAUACUCCAACCUCUCGAUCUGUACCAUAAAACGCAUAUAUGGUGUGGUCUGAACCAAAUCGCACCGUUUCACAACCCUAGGUACUAUUGCUCAUAAGUCAUAACUUGCUUGUCAGGCUUCGGGCCAGGUCGCCUGAAUUGGGCUCGGCUGUGGUUAAGUGAUAUAUGUUAUUGGGCUCCUUUUUGGAGGGACGGUGAGGACCAAAUCGGAAACUGAGGCUCCCAAAGAUCGGAUCCUGGACCUCGUUGACUUGUACACAUUUGAUGGUUCAAAGUUUGGUGUUUGAUGUGUCUUUGAGAAAAUCAUAUUUUUGUUAGUUUUAUCAUUUUUUUUUUUUUUUAUGGUAGUAUGAGUGAAUUCGGCUAAAGUAUUCGUGGAGUUAAGUGCAAGAAUAUGUUUAUUUUCUUGGAUUGCUUUUUUUUUUUUCUGCAAUCCAACGAUUGUUGUUGGUGAAAGUGAUAUAUAGCGAGCACAUCCUUGUACCAACUAAGGAUACUGAUCAAAUCGAACUUGAGUAGCUACUAAAAUCCGAGUAAACUACAUGAUCAUAACAGAUUAAUUCUCUUGCAAUUGUGCGGGUUUGUCGGAUAACAAUUUCUCCAAUUAUGAUGUAACGAUGGAUAAGUAGUUUACUGGAUUAAAUAGAGGAACCUUAG